AUGCCAUCGAACAGCCCCUACUCUGCAGAGCGAUUCACUGUCGCCUCUGGAUCGCCCUCGCAAACGCAAUCUCCGAGAGACCACAGACACCCUCCGCCCUCUCCUGACAAGAUGGUGAUGAACAGGGGCCGAGGGCAAUACGGACCUCAGCUUGGUGCGCGAGAGAGUACAGAGCACGGAGAGAGGCAGAGGGAGAAAGAGCCAAUGUUGCCUCCUGUUGCUCUUACCCGCCCCCGUACUCAGGAGCCCAUGGUCCCUCAAGACGAGUCAAGCGUGCCCCCUGCGCCACCACCAACGACGGCAGCCACAGCGCCCACUACUCCGGCUUCGGGUGGCGAGCAAAUUCCUCUCUCAAAGAGGCUGUUCCAUGCGUUGGUGAACAAGCCCAAGUUGAGCAAGACUUGGGAAAAGAAGAGCUUUACAGACGAACUUAGAAGUGCACCAGCUGCGCUGGGUGAGAGCACGAGACGUGGGAGAACGGGCGUAGAGCCAGGAGAAGGCUUCGCUUCCCCUCGUUCGAGGCCCACCUCUCUGUACGCCUCACCUGCCGACUUGGCGUCUUUCAGGCCACUGCCACUGAUGAUGGAGGAACGCCAUCAUCAUUCAGAUAGCGAAGUUGGGGACAGUGCAAGGACGGCCGAGGGUGGCAGAAUCUAG